AUGAGGAAGACGGAUUUGUGGAUCCGAAUUUGGAUAUCGCCGAAUAUGAGGGAAAGUUUUAUAGUGCCCAUGCCGUUCUCCACUGGAGCCAUAAUACUGUGGAACGCCUAUUUGAGGGACAAACACAACUUUUGGAGAAGAUUCGGGAGUCAGCGCGACCCGCUGAGCUGCAGUUCGAAAAAAAUACGCCUUCCUACAUUUUCUGGAAGAUACGAAGAUUGGUGUCAGUUUAGUGAUCUGUUCUUAGGCUCAGUCGACAAGAAGAGUAGUCUUUCCAACUGUCAAAAGUUCCAUUAUUUAAAGUCGUAUCUAGAUGGUGAAGCUUUGUCCCUGAUUAAACAUAUUCCCAUUACUGACGAUAAUUACCAGGACGCAUGGGAGAGGCUAAAAAAUCGUUAUAAUAAAAAAUCACUGAUUGCGCGGUCGUUCAUUCAAAACUUUCUUUCGCUGCCAACUGCAAAAAGUUCAAACAUAAUCGAGUUGCGUAACAUAGUCGACACCGCGGACGGGAGUAUACGUGGUCUACACGCGCUGAAAUGCGACAGCCGCGAUGUAUGGCUUAUCCAUAUCUUGCUCUCAAAAUUAGACCCUGAAUGCAAGGAAGCUUGGGCUACGUCCAGUGAAUCGUGCAAGGAAAAUGUGACCAUAAAUGACCUGUUCGCCUUUCUCUUCGCCCGGUUUGAUGCGCUGGAGUCCUGUCAAGAGUUAACAGUAGUUCAUGAUUCUCCCAAACGUCGUGCAGUUUCUCAUCAUGUGGACGUGCCAACUACAUCUGCUCGUGGUUGCGUAUAUUGUCACGGGCCACACAGUCUGUAUGUGUGCACUCAAUUUAAAGCUAUGAACGUCGUGGAUCGUCGCACAUUUGCAAUGGAGGGUAAGUUGUGCUUCAACUGCCUAAGUCGAUCUCAUCAAGUAAAGGAUUGUAAUUCCACAAAUACGUGCCGUCUGUGCAAGUCGAGGCACCACACUCUUGUCCAUCCAGAAGAGAUUCGCACCACCCCGAGUGUUGCUGUCAAUACAUCCGCUGACCCAAACUUGUGCUCGCCCAUGCAUGCUGCUGAGGUUGAUCCUGCCGUGGUCAGCCAUCAUACAUUGGAGAGAGGAGUAUUGGCCACUAGUCAAGCUAUAUUGCCAACAAUUUUAGCCACUAUAGUCGACUCCUGGGGCAAUGAGACAACCUGCAGGAUCUUGAUGGAUACUGGUUCGACGAUAACGAUGGUCUCCGAGUCGUUUAUUCAACGGAUAGGGCUGUCGCGCACGCAUGCUCGUAUACCAGUUGUUGGCCUAGGUGCAAGCCCGGCUGGCGUUACUCGAGGUCGCGCCACGUUCACGCUGCUCUCGCGCACAAGCACAACAUCCGUAGUGGUAACAGGUCUGAUUAUGAGUACUUUAACAUCCUCGAUUCCAGCACAGAGGAUUGAGUCGAACACCCCAAUGUGGGGAAAGAUUUUUGAGCUACCCUUAGCAGACCCUACAUUUGGGACACCAGGUGAAAUCGACCUGAUUUUAGGAGCUGAUCAACUUUGGAACAUAUACACUGGAGAACGCAAAGAGUUUGGUUUCGCAUAUCCUAUUGCACUUCAUACUAAAUUUGGUUGGGUCAUUACAGGCAGUUACCAUAUCGGUAUUGAUGAUUACACCCACGCACUAGCUCAUCAUGCUCACGAGGGUCUGGAUACUUUAGUCCGAUCGUUCAUGGACAUGGACCAAGUUCAACCAAGUAGCGCUACCAUUGACGCUAGUGAUCCCGCUGAACAACACUUCGUUCAAACGCAUUCCCGCAGAGACGAUGGAGUUUACGUCGUCCGAUAUCCAUUCAAGGAUUCCGUCCGCCGAUGGGGAUCCACAUUGCCGCAAGCCAUACGCCGCUUUCUUCUCUCGAACGGAAAUUUCGAAAGUUUCCGGCACUCAAACAACAAUGUCGACUUUAUGGAGGAUUACUUACAACGAGGACACAUGGAGUUGAUUCCUCCUACUACCUUACCCGAGGAUCUCGCCAGUCACAAUUAUUUAGCACACCACGCAGUAUUUAAACCAGACAGCACCACUACGAGAUGCCGAGUUGUGUUUGAUGGCUCUGGGGAGGACUGCAAGGGAUAUUCACUCAAUUCACGACUACACAUUGGACCACCUAUUCAAAGGGAUUUACUUGGAGUCUGUUUACGGUUCCGACAGCAUCGUUAUGUGUUCUGUACAGACAUUGAGAAAAUGUUUAGAGGCAUCCUAGUUUCAGAAGAACACACGCAGUACCAACGUAUUUUCUGGCGAAGGAGGAGACUGCUACACUUGAUCAUUACCGACUUCUGA